AUGUGUCUGGCAGGACUAUGCUACUGUGGAGAUGAUGCUGGUGACGCUAAAGGAACAUUAAAGGGAGUAGAGAAACAGAAUCCUCCGGGACCUACAGACCCAUCAAGUUCCUUGGCUUCCAAAGUCGACUCUACUCUCUUUAAUGUCCUGUGCUCUGUUGAGGACAACGUUAAGGUUCUCAAACUAACGGCCAAGGAAGGUGUUACUGCAAAGAGUAUUACCUAUGGAUCUGACGUAGUCUGGGAAGAUAAGAAGAAAUCCUGCUCCUCUGCUGUCCUGUAUAUGGAUGGAGAGAAGCCUACUCUUGCGGUACUUGUUACCAGGGAUGAUAAGAAUAAUAAGCAGAGCAAGGUUUAUAGAUACCAUGAUGGUAAGCAGUGGAAAGAUGGUAAUGAGAAUAAACAUAAGAAGAAGCUUGAGGAGCUAAAGAAAAAGUACGAACUCACUAAUCUUAUUACUUUAUCUCUUUCUGAACCUGACCCAUCAAUCUGCAGAGCUGUUGAAACGAACGUUGGUGGAAUUCCUGCAGUAGUAUACCUCCUAAAGUCUAAAAAGGUUAAUACAAUUGUGAAUGGAGACAAGGAUGUAUGGAAGGGUGAAGAGGGAGAGAAAUGUUUCUACUGCGUGGCAUUCCUUAAGGAAAAUAAACCACGUAUAGUAGCUGUUGGUGCGGAAUCAUCUGCACGGAAACUCUUGAAAUACUACAAGUACAAGGACAAAACUGGAUGUCGUGGUAAACCGGGUUGGAGCAGUGCGACUAGCUGUGCUCAGGAAAUUAAUGCCCUGAAAACACAUAAAGAUCCUCCAAAAAAGUUCACUUUGGAUCUAUCUUCUCUCAAGGAAGAUGAUGAAAGGUUCGAGCUUGUAAAAUGCGGGAGGGAUGAUGUUAAUCGUUUGGUUACUCCACAACCUGGGCAUCUUAUAGAAAGAAUCGUAGAUGGAAAUUUGGAAGUAUGGACUGCCAGUGAUAAUCAAGUUUGCUAUCUCUGUGAAUACUACCCAAAGAGCGCUUCCGGAAAGGUCAAGCUGCAUAUUAUGAAGAACAAAGACUCAUUUUCAUUUAUUCGCUUUCAGAAAGUAGAUGAUAAAUGGAAGAAAAAGUAAAUUUAAAGUUCAAGUGAAUCCAAUGGUAAAAAUUGGGAACUUAUACAAUAGAUCCUCAUGGAUGCUUCUAAACACAAUGCAGUACCAUAAUUCGGUAUCUUG